GGCCGCGUCCCCCCGGCGCGGCGCGGGUGUCGUCAGCGGGAGAAGCCUGCGCGGAGAACGGAACUCGCCCCUGGCACAGGCAAAGGCGACCCCGGUCUGCAGGGCGUCCGCGGGGCGGGGGCGCCGAACUUUUAGAGGGAGACACGGAACCAACUCCGUGUUUACAGUCGGCCUGGUUUCGAAAAGCAAACUCGGAAAGCGCGAGAAGCCACCCGGGCACGCAUGGCCACCCGGGCUUUGUGUUAACUGCCGUGGACACCUGGCUCCUCUUAGCGAAGAUCUCUUGUGCCCGUGACAGCUGGCGAGGGUGGCCUGCGUCCCCAGUGGCUUCGCAGGACCUCGGGUGUGGGUGGGGCGUGUUCUGGGGUACACCUCUACCGUGACCACCCCUCUUCCCUUGAGAGGGGUCAGGAGCCCACCCCUGAGCCUGACCCUCCCUCCUAGCUCGGGGUCCCCCAGGCAAGUCAGAACCUGCAGCAUGUCCAGCUUUGAAGAGGCCGACACCGAAGAGACGGUCACUUGUCUCCAGAUCACUGUGUUCUACUCUGGCCCGCUGCAAAGCGGGCCCUUCCAGUCUAUAAAGCUCGGGAUGCGAGAGAAGCUCCCCUCCAGCGAGGUGGUGAAGUUCGGCCGGAACUCCAACAUCUGUCAUUACACUUUUCAGGACAAGCAGGUGUCCCGAGUUCAGUUUUCUCUGCAGCUGUUUAAGAUGUUCAAUAGCUCAGUUCUCUCCUUUGAGAUUAAAAACAUGAGUAAGAAGACGAGUCUGAUCGUGGGCAACAAGGAGCUGGGCUACCUGAACAAAACGGACCUGCCAGCCAGGUGCAUGGUCCGCUUCGGCGACUACCAGCUUCUGAUGGAGAAGGAGGACGGAGAGUCACUGGAAUGGUUUGAGACUCAAUUUAUUUUGUCUCCAAGAUCACUCGUGCAAGAAAACAACUGGCCGCCACAGAGGCCCAUCCCUGAGAGUGGCCAUUACUUGCCCUAUUCCACCCAAAACAUGUCUCCUACUGAAAUAGACGAAAACGAGUCGUGGAUAGAGGGCUGAGGGGGAUCGUGGGUGCAGAGACCCGUGGACGCUGUGUAGAAACGCCACUUACUGAGUGCUUUCUUGUCAUCUAUCAUGUCAAAUUUGGGAUCCGAAGUCUGUGAGCUGUCAGUCGUCAGCUUAGUCCCCUGUCAUUAUUUUCAGGGUCCACUCUUGAGGUUGGCGUCCAAACAGUACCCUUUGGGACGGAGUGCGCUCCAGCAGCUCGCAGUGUUUUCUUCUCACGCGUGACUUUAGUCCUGUUUCGUUUUGUUUCAUUUUGUUUUCUAAGAACUGCCUCUUGUUUUGGUCAUAUCAUUUCACAGCAGCCAUUUGUUUUCAAGGUCAAGGCUAUGGGCACAUUGUCACUGGGGUUGCAGACAAUGGGUACAUACACUGCCAGAGCCUCGACAGCACAUUCUGGGGCCGCGCCUGGGCGUCACUGUGGCUUUGGUAUGGGAACUUACAUGAGCACUGAUCCCUUGAUUUUCUAAGAUUUUCUUUGUGUAGAAUUAUAGUGUUUAUUCCCAAGAAUAAAAUCUUCCUUCUCUAUAUUCAGCAUCUAAAACCAGUAUCUUGAACAUUUUAAUGAACCAUUGUUACAUUUUCUCACUGAAUUUUAAAUUGAUUUUUAUGUACUGCGAAUUUUUAACUUCCAUGAAAUCACUUUUAACAGCAUCCAUGCACAUAAUAAAGUGGAACUCUCGUUU